CAGGAGCAGCAGCACUACAGAGCUGGAACUGAGACAGAGGCAGUCACCUCCACUACAAGCGACAGCAACAGCCACAUACACAAUCUCUUUCUCUCUCUCACCGUGCCUGCAUUUUUUCCCUUCCUUUUUUUUCUGGAGUUGAGAUCUUGUUCAUCGGAGCACAGGCAGAGGUACGAGUGAGCGGAAUAGGGGCUGAAAGCUGCUAUCCAAGCAUCCCAAACGCAGACCUGGCUGCCCACAUGCCGAUCGAAUUUGUUUGCAAAAUCAAAUUUGCAGAGGAGGAUGAGAAGCAGAAAGGCAACCAGGAUGGAGACAAGGAGAGCCUGAUUGAGGAGAGCUGCAGUCCACCAGCCAAGGACCUGGCUGGCUUUGCCAAUGCCUGCUCGCUCCAUGGAAUUAACCAUAUAUUUGUCUCAGGCCGGCUGGGCAUCAGACAGACGCUCUGGGCUCUGGUGUUCCUGGUGUCCCUGGCACUUUUUCUUUACCAGGCGGCAAAGUGUGCCAUCUCCUACCUGGAGCAUCCUCACAUCACUGCGCUGAAUGAGGAGGCCACCCCAGAAAUGGUGUUCCCCGCCGUGACCAUCUGCAACAUCAACCGCUUCCGCUUUUCCGCUCUUACCGAUGCCGACAUCUACCACCUGGCGAACCUCACUGGCUUGCCCCCCAAAAAUAAGGAUGGCCACAAGCCAACCGAUUUGGAGUAUCCGGCACCGGACAUGCAGGACAUCUUCAACCGAACAGGUCACCAGCUGGAAGAGAUGCUGAAGAGCUGCAACUUCAGUGGGCAAAACUGCUCAGCUGAAGACUUCUCUGUGGUUUAUACAAGAUAUGGGAAAUGCUACACUUUCAAUGGAAACAAAACAAACUCCAGGAAGACAAAGCAAGGAGGGAUGGGAAAUGGGCUGGAGAUCAUGUUGGACAUUCAACAGGAUGAAUAUCUGCCAAUCUGGAAGGAGACAAAUGAGACAUCUUUAGAGGCAGGAAUCCGUGUUCAGAUCCACAGUCAGGAAGAGCCACCCUACAUCCAUCAGCUGGGCUUUGGAGUCUCUCCAGGAUUCCAGACCUUCGUUUCCUGUCAAGAGCAAAGGUUGACCUACCUGCCCCAGCCUUGGGGGAACUGCCGCUCCACCAGUGAGCAGAUGAUCCCGGGUUACGAUACCUACAGCAUCAGCGCAUGCCAGCUGCAUUGUGAGACUCUUGAGGUGCUGCGUGAGUGCAAAUGCAGGAUGGUGCACAUGCCGGGAGAUGCCGAUAUCUGUACUCCCAGCAAAAUCAAAUGUGUGGACAAAGCACUUGCAUUGUUACAGAAAAGUUCCGGUGACUCAUGCUUCUGUGAAACACCCUGCAACCUGACACGUUAUGGUAAAGAGCUUUCCAUGGUAAAAAUCCCCAGCAAAGGCUCUGCUCGCUACCUAUCAAGAAAAUACGACAAGUCAGAAGAGUACAUAAGAGACAACUUCCUGGUAUUGGACGUAUUCUUUGAAGCUCUAAAUUAUGAAACAAUAGUACAGAAAAAAGCAUAUGACGUUGCAGGAUUGUUAGGGGACAUUGGUGGGCAGAUGGGUCUUUUCAUAGGGGCCAGUGUUCUUACCAUCUUGGAGAUUCUGGACUAUGUAUAUGAGGUGAUCAAACACAGGCUGGAGCGCUUUUUCAGGCCACAAAGAGAAGACAAGAAGCAAACCCAACAGCAGCAACAAGCCAGCACAGUCGCCACAGUAAACCUUGAGGAAAUGAAAGCUAAAGACUCUGGUGAGAUAAGUCAGAGCCACUCCGAGGGAGCUUACGCUAACACCAUCCUCCCAAAUCACCACCACCACCACCGUACUCACCAUCGAGUGUUUGAAGACUUUGCCUGCUAGGAAACUGCCUGGCAGUUCUAGUGCUGUUGACAACUACCGAAAGAGUUCUCUCUGUGCUGAGUUUGGGCUCAAUGAUAGACCCUCAGAUCUCAGUGCUAAUCUCUCUUGAUGUCACCAGUUAAAGCUACAGCCAAAGUCGAACUCUAAACCCUUGCUUCUGACUGAAACGCAGGCACAGAUCGGACACCACAUUGUGUGGUCCAGCAAGAGAUGCUCCGACUUCCCUUUUUUUCCCCCAUUCCUCUCACUGGAAGCAACAUCUCUGGCAACUCUACAGUUUCUACACUGAAUACUUUGGUUCUGGACCUCUAUAAUACCCAGGCAUAUACUGCAUGACAUCUAGAUCCACUUAAUCCUCCAGAUUCUGUUUGAAGCAUUACAUGCAUUCAUUUAUAUUUUAUCAGCUGUUAGAGAUUUAUUCAGUGAGUUCUCAUCUUGUGAAAUAAUAUAAUUCAGAUUAAUCUACAAAUGUAAAUUAUGUAUUUGAAUCAUGGCUAUCAACCCUUAGAAUCCAGAGAGUAAGAUAAAUAUCUUUCUCUUUCCUCUGGAAAAUUCUUUAAAUUAAAUCAUGGGAAAGGUGUAGAAUAGUUUGUGUUUCAGAAAAGUAAUAUGUAUCCACCUCUACUGGAUAUAUCAGGUAAAUGUUUAUUUAUCUAAAAUGGUUUAUGGUUAAUUUAACUUAAAGUAUAAAGAAUAGUCCACUAAUUUCGUAAUGUUAUUUAUAGAGAUGUAACGUGUGAGUGGUAAUGGGUGUCAUUAACAUAAUCAUCUUGUGAGGUAACUUCCCAUUUGAGAACAAAAUUAUGUGUACAGUAAGCCCACAGAGCCUAGAAGAUGACAUUGUGGUAACCAUAUGGAAAUGGUUUGUUUCAACCAUCUAUCAGUUGAUGGAUUCACUUUUCC